UAGUAGCGAUGCCCUUUGCUCCUAGUAGUAAGACCAAGGAGCCCCUAGUAGCGUUUUCCUAGAACCGUUCCCCUUUCCUCGCUUGAGCCAUGGGACGGAUGUUUCUUGCCUCGGCUACCCUGCUUUUCCGCUUUUCGAGCAGUCUCCACCCGCCACCAGCUGUUUGUUGUGAAGGUGAAGUUGCUCCAGUGACCUGGGCAGUUAAUGGAUCUUCCCCAGGCGUUUGGUGUUCUCAAAUGCUUUACAGUGCUGAGAACUACAUGGGCUGUGCAGCUUUGCUCUCCUGCGAGCGUCGUGGACAAGAAAUUUGGCUCACGUGCCCUGAUGGCUACGAGCCGGAUUGUGUUACAGGCUGUGUGCCGUUUGAGAAAGAUUGUCCAGAGAACGAUGUGGAUCUCAUCUCUUGGGUACGGAAUCAUGGCGGUUUUGUUGACGAGCGUUUGGUCAUCAGAGAUGGAGACCAUGGCCGAGGUCUAUUUGCCAAGGAAAACAUCGCAACAACUGAUUUAUUGGUGUCCUUGCCCUUGGAGCUGAUCAUUACAGACAAAUCUUCACCAUGCGCUGCCGUCCGACAGCUGCGGAAUGAGUUACAGCGAGGUAAGUGUUCCUUUUACUGGCCAUAUUUGAAGACAUUGCAUGGCGCGCACAUUUCGGUGCCAGAUGUGUGGUCCUUUGAGGAACGAUCUUUGUUGGAUGGAUUGCCAACACCACGGGGUGGCUGGCAAAGUUAUUCAGCCAAAUAUUUCACUGAUUGCCUUGACACAAACGCUGAUGCCUUGACCUUGCACGCUUUGAUGCUCUACCAUACGCGUGCUGGGCCUUUUGGCAUGAGCCCUAUUUUUGAUAUCAUGAAUCAUGGUUACAAUGUUACGUGGCAUGGCUUUGACGCAGAGGAUGGACAUAAAGGAAGCUUUUGGUUCCGCGCUGCUUCUGAAAUCAAAGCAGGGGGUGAACUACUGAAUUCCAUGGUGAACGGCGUUGCUUUUCGCCCAACUAUUGCACCAGGUAUGCACUCGGAAGAUUUUGAUGGUGCACCUGAAAUCUUCGGGAACUACGGCUUCCUCGAGUCACCUCCAGUGAUGUGGUGGUUCCAGGGUGUCGAUGAGCGACACGCGUGGAUUGUGGAUGCAGAAGGCUCUGCAACCUGGUUUCAAACCACCGAACACGGCCCUGGAACAAACAUCACAGCACUUCUGGUGGAUGGGGCAGCAAUGCUGGUGGAUCUUGAGGAGCGACAACAACGACUCGCACAGAUUGUGCCAAAGAGGACCUCGGUUGCCAACCCCAACCAUCGUGCACUACAGUAUCGUGAGGACGGACUAGAGUGGGUGCAAGGUGCAAUGCUUGUGGUAGGGGGGUAUGCCUUUUUGAAGCAUUGACCUAGGCCUUCAAAACUGCUUUGAAGACCGCAAUGGAGGCUGCCCAAGUUGAGCUCAAGAGAAGCCGAGAUGAGUUGUGAGGCCAAGUCAAAGGUGUGUGGCUGCUGUUUACUGUACGGAGCUGCUUGAUAACUCCACGGGAUGGUGAUGAGCUGUGGGGUUCUUUGAUGAUCCGAUGAUUUGUGGCCUGAUAGCUUUGGUUCGCACAAGCUAAUGCUGACCUCGG